UACGCAACUUUUGGUCAUCAUCUUGCGCAGGAAGCUUCGGCUUCGGGACCUGAAGAUUCAUGGAAAGCAGCGAGACCGCCGGCGAUGCCGAUUGUCCAUGGCAAUCUUACCACACUGUCUAUACCAAUGCGAAAGCCGGUAUGGAAGGAGUUGACAAGGAAAGAGUGCAAAGAAUUGUUUAUGAAAUGAGUAAAGGGUCAAAAUAUUUUGAAAAUGAGGAACGUAAAGAGGCCAUUAUCAGAGAAAAGAUUGAGAAGAUGCGAGCUAGGUGUGUACAACUUACUGCUACGGAUCUUUCUCACUAUGAAAAGGUUGCAGAUAAAAGAACUUUUGAGCUAGAAAGUACACGAGACCUAUCAAGGAUAUGGUUGCAUGUAGAUAUGGAUGCUUUCUAUGCCGCUGUUGAAACUUUAAGCAAUUCUUCAUUAGAGGGCAAGCCGAUGGCUGUUGGUAGUAUGUCUAUGAUUUCCACAGCUAACUAUGAGGCUCGAAGAUAUGGUGUUCGAGCUGCAAUGCCUGGUUUUAUUGCACGUAGAUUAUGUCCAGAGUUAAUCUUUGUUCCUGUAGAUUUCAAAAAGUACACUUAUUACAGUGAUUUAACUAGGAAAGUAUUCCAUAGGUAUGAUCCCAACUUCUUGGCUGCUAGUCUGGAUGAAGCAUACCUCGAUAUAACUGAAGUCUGCAAAGAAAGAGGCCUAACAAGUGAAGAAAUUGCUAGUGAUCUCAGAACCAGUAUUUAUGAAGAGACUGGUCUUACGUGUAGUGCUGGGGUUGCUGCCAACCGGCUACUUGCCAAGGUCUGCUCGGACAUUAACAAACCAAAUGGACAAUUCAUUUUACCAAAUGACCGGAGAGCUAUAUUGGCAUUUAUAUCAUCACUACCCAUAAGAAAGAUUGGUGGCAUUGGAAAGGUCACAGAACAUAUCUUAAGGGAUGCUUUUGGAAUUAAUACAUGUGAGGACAUGCUGCAGAAAGGUGGACACCUCUGUGCGUUGUUUUCUCAAUCCUCAGCAGAUUUUUUCUUGUCGGUUGGGCUUGGCCUUGGGAGCACUGAUACUCCCCCGGUGAGAUUGCGAAAGAGCAUCAGUAAUGAAAGAACGUUUGCAGCCACCGCUGAUGAAAGAUUAAUUUUCCAGAAACUUGCUGACCUUGCGGAGAUGCUAUCUAUGGACAUGCAAAAGGAAGGUCUUAGUGGGCGGACACUGACUGUUAAACUAAAAACUGCAUCCUUUGAGGUUAGAACCAGAGCUGUAACUUUGCAAAAAUAUAUUUGCUCCAGCAGUGACAUCUUACAACAUGCAUCAAAGCUGCUAAAGGCUGAACUGCCUAUUUCUCUGAGAUUAAUCGGGCUGCGGAUAUCUCACUUCAACGAAGACAAGGCCAUUGUUGAGUCUGAUCCGACCCAGAGAUCUAUUACUAGAUUUAUUAUAUCGGGAGAUGCUACCAGAAAGAGUGUGGGUGAUUGUUGCUCCCUAAAUCCUGACUCCGACGACCACGGCUUCAUGAACGACAAUGAAAUUGAUGUAUUCAUCAACGGUACUGAAACACACCAUCAGGAUUGUGGCGAUCCAAGAAUUGGCAACAAUUUCUUGAAUAUGGAUGACAGUAACUGUACAUUUGGCAAUGAUGUCGAGUUGGAGAAAUUUAAGAAUCUUUCAAGCAACGUCAGUACUGAUCAGGUGGACAAUCUUAAUGCUAUAGAAAGCAUUUCGAAUUGCUCUGCUGCCUCCGUCUCGGAAGCACCCAUAGCGGCAUGUGCUUCUCUUCCUGGAAACCUCGAGGGCAAGUACGAUAAUAAUGUGGCUGCCAGAACUCAUGUCAAUGAGGUAAGAUCACCGGAUAACGAUGGACAGAUAUGGUGGAUCGAUGACUACAAAUGUACAAUCUGUGGUGCUGAAUUACCAGUGAGUUUUGUUGACGAAAGACAAGAGCACAUAGAUUUUCACAUUGCGGAAAAACUUCAGGAAGAAGAAUCUGGCAUUCGCUCGAGAACCCUUAUGCCAAGGCAAAGGAUUGCUGACAAGACUCAACUGUCAAGUCAAAGGAAGCAGAAAAAGCAAAAGUCAACUCCGAAGAAAGAGGUCAAACAUAUUCCUAUUGACUUAUUCUUCGUGAAGAGCAAUCAGAACUUAUAAUAUUUUAAAAUUUAUUUGUUGUAUAUAUUUGUUCAUAUGCCAUGAGAUUCAAAUUUUUAUUUUUCUUAUGCAGCAUCAUAAAUUUGUACACAAGUAUAGUAAAAAUAUAUUGUCUUGCCGAAUAUCCUAAUAAUUAAUC